GGCCAAAAUCGGGAAUCUAGAAAUGUUAAGUGAUACCUCAAUUGGGGACAGAAGUUAAAUGAAUUCGCUUCGAAUUAAUCGCAUUAUAACGGUAAAACGAAUGAAUCAAAAGUAAACCAAAGUCAAUACCGAAGUGGAGGAAAAAUUAGCCGCGUUUGUAUCUGUGUGUGCGUGUACAUAGUUUACGUUCAUGUAUGUGUUAAUUUUUCAUGCGCAAUUUGGGCUAUAAAGCAGAGCGAGUGGCGAAAAGCGAAAAACGAAAACCGAAAACCGAAAAACGGGUAUUAAAAUGCAUUAAAAUGCUUUAGACAGGGAAGGCCUUCAUUGAUUUUCCUACGCACAGAAGUAUGCUACACAAAGUAAAGUAAUUGGGGAGGCGAUGGCUUCGACUGCGAGUGCAAAUGAGCCUGGAAACUCUCUGGCUGCAUUGGGAGCAUAAGCGCCCCUGCAACAAGAACAAGGAAGUCUGCAUAGAGGAACAAAGGACAAUCAGGAUGUGGACGACGGCUAGGACAUCGGCGCCAUGUAGCUGCUAACCAAGGCGAAUACCUUCAGAAAACAGCAGCAGCAGCAGCAAACCAAGAAGUGCUAACACAGAAAAAGGAGUCGACGCCAGCGAGACCUGAAAAAGGACUCUCUCUGAGUAUCGUUCACACUGCAGGCGCAUUGCGGGCAUAUUGCCAAGCUGGCUCCCGUUCUGCCCAGUAGCGGCAUGGCCGGCCUUGUGAGCGGCGGUGGCAUCAGCGGGGGGAGCAGUGGCAGCACGGGCAGCAGCUACAAGCACCAGCAUCAGCAUCAGCAUCAUCUCAUUUCGCCCACCCACACAUCGUUGGGCCACACACACACACUGACACACACACUGCCGGCCGGCAUUUGCAGCAGUGACAGCGGCAUCUCCACGCUAAGUGCCAUCUCGCCGCCGCUCUCGGCGGGCAACUCGGUGUGCGGCAACACGGCGGCCAACACGGCCGGUGGCAGUCCUCAGCUGCGCACCUCGCCGGCGCUUAGCAUGCUGGGCAGCGGCACGGCUACGGCUAGCGGCAAGGCGCAGACUCAAACACAAACGCUGAGCCCCGCGGGCAGCGGUUCGCCAAACUAUCUGAGCACCAUGAAGCUGCUCGGUCCAGCUGCCAGCAUUGACUUGGGCAGCUCGCCGUUGUCGCAUCGCAACUACAGCAACUCGCUGAAGGGUUUUAGCUUUAGGCGCAGCUUCGACGACAAAAUCAUUGCGCCGCCUUUCUUGUCCCACGCCCACGGACUGGGCUACGGUGGAGCCAAUGCACCAACAGCUGCGCCCGCGCCCGUGCCUAUACCGUACCCACAUUUCCAUCCGACGACUCACCAUCAUGUGAAUAUGGCUGCUCCGGUGGUGGCAUCCGCCCAUCAUCUGCAUUUGCACCACCAUGGCACGGGAGUGGCACAUCAGCCACUGUCGCUAGGCACGCUGACGUCUUCGCAGUCGACCACGAAGCUCUCUUACCGGGAUGACUUUCUUCAGCAGAUUGGAUACUUGCCAACGACACGCAUCUACAGCACCCCGACGAGCAUCGUUGAUGAGGACAAGGCUCAGCAGGAUUUUCUCUCUCUAUCACUCUCACCGCCACUCAAUCGGCGACGCGAUAUGCCGGCCCUCCGAGGACCCUUCGUCAGCCUCUCGGAGCCUCGCGGCACAUUGAGCACCACAGAUGAAGUUUACCCAGACUCACCGGAUAGCAGUCUCUACGGCUCCGAUGAGGAGCAGGAAGAUGCCUCACAGUAUUGCCGUGGCGGCUACCAUCCGGUUGUCAUAGGCGACAUAUUCGACAAUCGGUUUCGGGUUGUGCGCAAGCUGGGCUGGGGUCACUUUUCUACUGUGUGGCUCUGUCGGGAUCUCAAAGACGAGAAGUAUGUAGCUCUUAAGGUGGUUAAGAGUGCUCCCCAUUACAUAGAGACUGCAGCUGAUGAGAUUCGAUUGCUGGAGGCCAUACGCGAUGCAGAUCCCCUCGACGUGAAGAGAGAGAGGAUUGUCCGACUCAUGAAUCACUUCACGGUGCGUGGUGUGAACGGCGUGCACACCUGCCUGGUGUUCGAGGCGCUGGGCUGCAGCCUGUACAAGCUGAUCGUGAAGAACAACUACCAGGGAUUGGCCAUUGCACAGGUGCGCAACAUAAUCAAGCAGGUGUUGGAGGGAUUGGACUAUUUGCACAGCAAGUGCAGCAUUAUUCACACAGACAUUAAGCCCGAGAACAUUCUACUUGUGAUCGACAAUGCGGCGGCCAUGAAUCAGCAGAUCGAUGAUGAGAUCAACAGCCUCCGCGUCAAAGGCGUCGACUUUCCUGAUUCGUAUAUCAGUUCGAUUGAGAAACAAACGAAAACAAGGGCCAAGUGGCCGCUGAUCGAACCAAAUGGCUCAACGAACACGAGCAACAGCACGGCGAACAACUCGACUUCGUCGACGCCGCUGGCCGCUGUGGUCAUGUCCUCGUUGGACAAGGACGACACCACCACCUCGUCUACGCUCAACUCCAACACCACAUCCUCGCUGGCGUCCAAAUUUUCUAGCCUCUUGGGCGACAGCGAGUGCAACGGCGUCGGCCUGGCCAGCGUCUGCGGCGUCGAUAGCCCGAUCGGAGGUACUACGAAUUUAAGCAAUCGCUACCGUGCUGAGAAGAAAAUCACUGCCAAGUCUUCUAUUGACCACGAUGAGGACACAGACACCGACACCGUCGGUGACAAUAGCACCAUUGCCAGCGACACGCCUACCGAUCAAGACGUUAGUCUUACCAAAAAUAUCGUUACCGUUAAUUCAGAUAAGCUGCCUAAUACCUCCACAGUCAGCAACUCCUGCUCCACCUACACCACUGUUAACUCCAAUACUCAAAGCACGUGCACGUCCACGACACAACAGAACAACAGUAACAACACCUCUGCGGCAACAGACAACAGCAACAACAGCCCCAAUACGAACACGUUAACUGCAAGCUCCACAACAACCACAUCAAACCCUGCCAAUGCACCACCUUCAGCUUCCAGCAGCACCAACACCAACUCCACCACCACCACCACCACCACCACCACCAACAACAGCACGUGCACGUACUCCUUCACGCAUCUCGUACCAACAGCAACUGCUGCAGCUGCAACAACAACAGCAACUAUCACAGAUCUGUAUCAUAGUAGCAACAUUGGCGGUUGUGAUAGCAAAUCGACAGCAGUAACAACAACCACAACUGGCCAUGCGACUUCCAUCAAAGCAACCGCAACCACAACCACAACCACAACAACAACAGCUAAAUUAAAUGUCAAUGCCAAUGCCAUUCCUUCGCAGAACCAGAGCCAGACCCAGAGCCAAUCCUAUACGCACACGAUACAAUCGCUGAUCAACAACAGCAAUGUGAGGGUGAAGAUCGCCGACCUGGGCAAUGCCUGCUAUGACUACCAUCAUUUCACCGAGGACAUACAGACGCGCCAGUACCGCUCGAUCGAGGUGCUGCUGGGUGCGCCCUACAACUAUACCGCUGAUAUCUGGAGCACCGCGUGCCUUGCCUUCGAGUUGGCCACAGGCGAUUACCUCUUCGAUCCGCAUGCGGGUGAGUCUUACAGUCGGGACGAGGAUCAUCUGGCGCACAUUGUGGAGCUGCUGGGAUCGAUACCGCAGUCGGUGAUCCUACGUGGCAAACACGGGCUCAAGUACUUCACAAGCUAUGGGAGCUUACGGAACAUUACCAAGCUGAAGCCCUGGAGUCUGUUGAACGUGCUUGUGGAGAAGUAUGACUGGGAUCCCAUAGAAGCCAAGAAGUUCUCAGACUUUUUGCUGCCUAUGCUCGAGUACAAUCCAGUUAUACGGGCCUCUGCGGCGGAGUGCCUGCAGCAUCCCUGGCUGGAGCAGGAGGAGUUCGUCUAGCUCACCUUGGGAUCAGGGAUGCAGGAUGAAGGAUCUGGGAUCAAGCAACACUGAACAACGGACAGAACAUAUUUUAAUCUCGAACUCAUAUUUGUAGGAUUUUAUAUGCCAACAAGAUUGUCAU